AUGGGUUAUACGGAGUCAAUCGGGGCGUCACCAAAUAUGAUAGCACCCUUUGGACGCAGUUUUAUGUCCGCUUCUUACAACCGCCUGCACGAUAUAUACAUCACUCACUCUCUCUCUCUGAUUCAGCCGGAGCAUCUCCAGGCCAGAGGAAGGAAAAAAAACAAAAAACAAGAAAAACAGAAAAAGAAAAGGAAGAAGAGCGCUGACCCUUGGGUGGGAAGAAGCUUGUCUGGUGGACUCCUCGCUGCCUUCUUAGUGAGUCUUGCGCUUCUCGAAGGGGUAGCUAUAUCCUCUCUCCAGUUCCUGUGUCUGCUGGCCCUCGCUGUCGUUGCUGCUCCCCGUCCUCUUCCUCCCGCGCUUCGUACUGCUGCUGCUGCUGCUGCUGCUGCUUUCCCCACGAGAGAGACGCAGAGACAGGGCAAGCCAGACGAAAGGCCAAAGAAAAAAAAAAAAAAGGUUGUUGAAGAAGCAGCAGAAGAAGAAGAAACGAAAAGGCAAAAAAAAAGCAACGCCGUUGGUAUAAGUAUAUUAGACUCAAAAUGGGGGCAUAUAUAUAAGAUGGACUUGCAUCAUCCCUGA